CAGAGGGCAAUAACAUAACCCGAACCACCACGUCUUGUCUAUUACACACCCUUCUAGUCUAUCGUCUUUAUACACUUCUACUUGACCUCUACAACUUGUUUUAGGACAGACGCCUCAGCCUGUCUCCCGCUCCUCCUCCAGCCACCGCUGGGAGCCCGCCCACACCUCCUGGCCUCCCUCUACCUGGGUCCCGGAGCUCCGCCGACCGACCGACCGACCGACCCCGGCUGCAGGCGAAGGAAGCGCCACUAUUCUAUUCCUCGUUCUAACUGCAACCGACACACCACCGGCAGGCGCGCGAGACAUAUGACAAGUCAAGUCCGAAUGUGUGGUUAUUCAUCUAUAAUCUAGACUACCCUAUAUCUAUAAACGAAACUAUCUACAUUUUUGGAAGACAAAAAGGCUUUAAAUUACAGAAAGCAGUACAGAAGCGGUAUCUUAUUUUUUUUUGUUGCUUCGCAUCAUCUCGGUGUUUUUUUCUCUAGCUGCGCUCAACUCGAACACCCGUUCGGUUUCCACUGGAUGAAGAAUCCUUUCCACCCUGCGGUGCUGCUCGUGUGUCCUGAAGUUCUGACGGACCGUUCUGAUUUAGGAGCCGUGUUCUAAUUGACUGGACUGAGGAACAUUAGUCAUUCUAACACAUCGAGUGGACCGGAGUCAGAGACUGACUGGAAAUUAUUUUUGCCCUCAACACAGUAACGCAUGGUGGGAAUUUCUGCCUCUUUUCAGUAUCACACUGAGAAGUGCUCCACUAUGCCCGACUCACCUGCGGAUGUGAAAACACAAUCCAGGUUAACUCCAUCCACCAUGCCUCCUCCUCCUCCAAGCACCCAGGGAGCCCCUCGGACCAGCUCCUUCACCCCUUCUACAUUAACCAACGGCAACAACAGCCACUCCCCCACGGCGUUGAAUGGAGCGCCCUCGCCACCCGACGGCUUCAGCAACGGGCCUAGCUCCUCCUGCUCCUCCUCGCUGGCCAAUCAGCAGCUCCCACCGGCAUGCGGCGUCCGGCAGCUCAGCAAGCUCAAACGCUUCCUCACCACUCUACAGCAGUUCGGCAACGACAUCUCUCCCGAGAUCGGAGAACGCGUCCGCAUGCUGGUGCUGGGGCUGGUGAAUUCCACGUUAACCAUAGAGGAAUUCCACUCCAAGCUGCAAGAAGCGACCAACUUCCCUCUCCGACCUUUUGUCAUCCCAUUCUUGAAGGCCAACCUGCCACUCCUACAGCGGGAGCUGCUGCACUGUGCCCGUCUGGCCAAGCAGAACCCAGCUCAGUACCUGGCCAAACAUGAACAGCUUCUCCUGGACACCUCCUCCACCACCUCCCCCGUCGACUCCUCAGAACUACUCCUAGACCUCAACAACAACGGCAAGAGGAGAACACCUGGCAGAAGCAAAGAGAACGGCUUCGACAGGGAGGGCCCCCUGCACCUGGAGAACCCCAGUAAGAGAGCCUGUACGAUCAGCCCGGCAGGCCAACGGUUCAGCCCCUCCAACGGUCCCCUCCCAUACCAACCUAACGGCCUGGCCCAUGGACACCCCACACCGCCCCCACAGCACUACCGGCUGGACGACAUGGCCAUCACACACCAUUAUAGAGACUCACCACACUACCGCCACCCCAACCACAACCACCGCGAGCUCAGGGAGAGACCACGGCCACUGGGGAUGCACGGGGCUCGUCAGGAAGAGGUGAUCGACCACCGGUUGACUGACAGAGAAUGGGGGGAGGAGUGGAAGCACCUUGACCAUCUGCUGAACUGCAUCAUGGACAUGGUAGAGAAGACGCGGCGUUCUCUCACCGUGCUGCGGCGCUGCCAGGAGGCCGACAGGGAGGAGCUCAACUACUGGAUCAGACGAUACAGCGACGCAGAGGACCUGAAGAAAGGAGCCAGCAGGACCCAGAGCAGACAGCAGAGUCCUGCAGGACAGGAUAACUACACAACAGAGAUUCACCGGGAGCUUCUCCACAGACCAGUGACGCCCGGAUACGUACCUGAAGAAAUCUGGAAGAAAGCCGAAGAGGCUGUGAAUGAGGUGAAGCGCCAGGCCAUGUCAGAGCUCCAGAAGGCGGUGUCAGAGGCAGAGAAGAAGGCCCAUGAGAUGAUCAGCACGGAGCGGUCCAACAUGGAGCGUAUGGUGGCAGAAGCCCAGAGACAAGCAGCGGAGGACGCACUGACUGUCAUCAACCAGCAGGAGGACUCCAGCGAGAGUUGUUGGAACUGCGGGCGGAAGGCGAGCGAGACCUGCAGCGGCUGCAACACGGCGCGCUACUGCGGCUCCUUCUGCCAGCACAAGGACUGGGAGAAACACCACCACGUGUGUGGCCAGACCCUCCAGACCUCCCAGACCCUCCAGACCUCCCAGACCCUCCAGGCCUCACAGGCAGCUCAGCAACAGCAGCAAGGUCAGGGUACAGAGACGUCCACUGCACCCUCUAGUGGAGCAGGCAGCCCAGCCGGAACCCCGCCUGCCACCCCAGGAACGCCCUCCGCACUGGAAACCACGCCGCGCUAAACCGGGAGCCACCGGGGAGCCAUCGUAAACUCCCAUUACCCCAACAUGACUGGUUCACUUGCCUCGCUUGAUGCUAAAUGCUAAGGCGCUAACGCUACAAAGAGAGAUGUAGACUGUAGACAACACAGGAGGUGCAUACAUGUAUAUCAGUCAUAUUGACUUGCCAUGAUUAACUAAGAACACAAAAAUGUUAUUUGUUUUUAUUAUUAUUAUUAUUAUUGUUGUUGUUAUCAAUGUCCUUAUUGUUACUUUUGCUAUUAUCGUCCGUUGUCGUCUACGUUUGUUGUUGUUUGUUGUUUGUUGUUGUCAUUGUUGCUUCUCUUACAUUGUUUCCUGUAAAUUUGAAUCAUAGAAAGUAAAUGAACUACAGCGAAGACCCUCCAGACAAAUACAUGGACACAUCCAUAUGGACCUCCCCUUUGUUUAGCUGUGUUUUCUAAAUGCUUUGUUGUUUUCCUGUAUUACCUGGGAUAUGAUAUGAAACUAGUUGACCUCAUGAACACACUUUACCAAACAACAUACCAAUGGAAUAUUACUACAACAGAAACGCUGUUGAAAAAGCAGACGCCAACUCUCUUAUUAUGGGAAGACCACAAAUACAAAGAACAGACAGACAGACAGACAGACAGACAGACAGAGAGACAGACACAGACACAGACAGACAGACAGAC